AUGCGCGGUAUGCCCCCACCACAAAUGGACGGACCACCGCCUCCUAUGAACGGCCCAGCCAAUGGGAGUGCUUGGAACGAACCAUCAAAAGAUGUGAGGAAUGACCCCCACGCCGCCCCGAACUGGGCAAAUGCUCCAAACUUUACCCCAAGAAGCUAUGGAGGCCCUCCUACGAACGGCGUUGCUCCUCCCCCUUCUACUUGGGAUAACCAUGCUGCCCGUGCAUUUGACGAGGGCGCUUACGGAAAACCUGGAGGAGGAGGAGGAGGUUCAUCAUACGGCGGAGGCGGAGGAGGUGGUUCUGCCCGCGGAUCAGGCGAUGGGCAGUGGAAAGAUGGCAAACACAUCCCUGGACCUGUCAAUCAACGUGUGGAGCGUGAACUCUUUGGUGUUCCCAAUGACCCUUCCAAGUUGCAGACCGGUAUUAAUUUUUCUAAUUACGAUGAUAUCCCUGUUGAAGCAUCCGGCCAAAAUGUUCCAGAGCCUUGCCUGCAGUUCACAAACCCUCCUUUGGACGACCACCUACUUUCCAACAUCAAGCUUGCAAGCUACAAGACUCCCACGCCCGUGCAAAAGUAUUCUAUCCCCAUCGUCAUGGGUGGUCGAGACCUGAUGGCUUGUGCUCAGACUGGCUCGGGAAAGACCGGCGGUUUCCUUUUCCCGAUCCUAUCACAAGCAUUCAUCCAUGGUCCAUCUGCUGCUGCACCUCCUCAAGGUGGUGGUAUGGGCUACCGCUCGCGAAAAGCAUUGCCUACCUCUUUGAUUCUAGCUCCUACCAGAGAGCUGGUGUCUCAAAUUUAUGAAGAAUCUCGAAAAUUCGCCUACCGUUCUUGGGUUCGUCCGUGCGUGGUGUACGGAGGAGCCGAUAUCGGCACCCAGCUACGCUCCAUGGAGCGAGGGUGCGAUCUGCUUGUUGCCACACCUGGUCGUCUUGUUGACUUGAUUGAGCGUGGACGUAUUUCUUUGCUUAACAUCAAGUAUUUGGUCCUGGAUGAGGCGGAUCGUAUGUUGGACAUGGGUUUCGAACCUCAGAUUCGUCGUAUCGUCGAAGGUGAAGACAUGCCUGGAGUUGACAGACGCCAGACGCUCAUGUUUUCAGCAACAUUUCCCCGAGACAUCCAAAUGCUUGCUAGGGAUUUUCUGAAGGAAUAUGUGUUUCUCUCUGUUGGUCGUGUUGGAUCAACCUCGGAGAACAUCACGCAGAGUGUCGAAUAUGUUGAGGACCCAGAUAAGCGCUCUGUACUUCUGGAUAUCCUUCACACCCAUGGUGCUGGUCUUACCCUGAUCUUCGUGGAGACCAAGCGUAUGGCAGACUCUCUGUCAGAUUUCUUAAUCAACCAAAAUUUCCCGGCCACAUCCAUCCAUGGAGACCGAACGCAGCGUGAGCGUGAGCGUGCUCUAGAGAUGUUCCGUAACGGACGCUGCCCAAUCCUGGUUGCUACCGCAGUCGCUGCCCGUGGUCUCGAUAUUCCUAACGUUACACACGUUGUCAAUUAUGAUCUACCAACUGAUAUCGAUGACUAUGUUCAUCGUAUUGGUCGUACCGGUCGUGCUGGUAAUACCGGAAAGUCAACCGCAUUCUUUAAUCGAGGCAAUCGCGGCAUUGUCAGAGACAUGAUUGAGCUCCUGAAAGAGGCCCAUCAAGAAGUCCCUGCGUUCCUGGAAAAUGUUGCCCGCGAAGGCGCUGGCUUCGGUGGAGGGGGUGGCCGUGGUGGUCGCUCAGGUGGCCGCGGACGUGGUGGAGCGGCCACCCGUGACUUCCGUAAAGGCGGCGACCGAUUUGCCCAACAGAAUGCCUACGGCGGCGGUGUUGGCGGUGGCAGCGGCGGCGGCCCACCAGCUGGUGGAUUUGGUGGAUACGGUGGUGGUGCACCGUCAUAUGGAGGCGGCGGCGGCGGCUAUGGCGGCGGUUACGGAGGUGGCGGUUACGGGAAUCCCUCUGGACCUGGAGGGCAGUCUUCCUGGUGGUAG